AUGGUUGACAGUAAGAAAAUAAAAGUAAAUAAAAUUAUUUACAGAGACCCGUUAGCAUAUACCAGAGUUCACUUAUUGGCAGUGGGCUAAUUUUGUAUCCUCGAAAUUUUGUGUCAGUUAUGCUUAGAAUCGUUUUUUUAAAUGUUUUGUUUUUUUUUCAAUUUAAUCUAAUAAAAAAGCAAGGAUAUGUGCGAUUCCUCUAAACAACUUAAAAUGAAACUUUUGACUUAAUAUUUAUUUAAAGAAUUUAUCUUAUCUUUAUCUUAUUAAGUCUAUUUAAAGAAUAAUAUUCGUAGGUAUCUAUGAACGUUUAUUUAAAUUUACCUAUAUACCUAUAUAGCAGCUAAAAACGAUAAAACAAUAAGAUCCCAAGCCAAACACAAAAAUAGAUCUGUAUAACAAAAUUCUGCCGGCAUUGUGUACACACAAAUUAUAUUGAUUUAUUAUUAGUAAGGAACAGAUUUAUAUGCACUUAAAAUUCACAAAAAAGUGCUUAAAAACGUCAAAAAAUCCUAAAAAUUAUUUUAAAAAUCAAAAACAGUAGAAAGGUUUGAAUGCCCCACCUUGUAAUGGUUUUAACUUAUUAAAAAUAAUUGUCUAACACUAACAAAAAGUAAUUUUUUUUUAAAUAAAACUGUACAUGGUAAUAAUAAAAAUACUUUGGAAAAUCAUUUUUUAGUAUUGGACAAUUUUAUUUAAUAAGGUUAAUAUCGUUGAAAGGGUGACUUAUAAACCCCUCUAGCCACUUGUUUUUUAUGUAUUUUUAAGUGAUUUUUAUAGAGUUUUUUCGUAAAUUAUAAAUGCAUAUUAAUCUAUUUCCUGAUUAAUAAGCAUAGAUCCUGGGAUUUUCAAAUAUAAUUAAAAAUGAUUUCAAAAGAUUAACAAAUUCCGUGUUUAUAAACAGUAACAGUUGUUAUGGGACUAUUUAAAUGUGAAUGUGACGAUAAAUCGUGCGUAGGUUAAAUUGGCAAAUCGUACUGUCGAUCGACGAGUAGUCUAGGUACGGUACAACAUAAUGUGAUGUUAUACUAAAUAUUCAGAAAAUAUUGGCAUAACAAUAAGGUUUGAAUCGUGAGUGCAUAUUUCUCGUCUGCACAGUUAAAAAAUAUCUAAUAUUCUUACAUUUUCCUAUACAUAUGUAUAUAUUAUAUAUAUACACAUUUUAUCUCUGUUUUCCAAAUGAUAGUAUAUGUACUUAUAAGUAUUAUUACACCUAUAACAAUAUAAGACGUGUAUCUAGUUGAUUUCACAUUUUUUAAAUUUCUCACGAUCCCAACGUUUUAUCUAGUAUAAAAAAAUGUGUAGCGAUAAAUGUUUUGUUCAAUAUAGAAAUCGAAAUAUACAUGAUAAAUUGUUGUAAUGUGAAUAAAAGCCACGGUGGAUAUUUAAAGUAUAUUGAAUUUUCAUCCGAGAAAUGGUAUUAUUUUCAAACAAUAUGGCAAUAUUUCAAUUAUUUAUAGACAUUUUAAUGUGUUUUUUAGGUUUUUUGAUUUUGGUUUUAUGUAAUGAAAAUAGUUUUGGUCAAUCAAAAUUUUUUGGAAUUUUAACAUAAGUUGCAAUUAGUAGUAAAAAAAAAUGAACGUAAUAAUGUUGUUAUUUUUUUAUAAGCGUUAAAAGUUAAAAUUUGAUUGAAAAUACAUUUUGUUAAAAACAUAAAAAAUAGUUAUUUUUUCAUGCGUUCCACUUAAAAUAAAUAAUAUUGGUUUGCUAAUGUUUCUGAAAAAUUAGUUGAUGUACAGAGUCUUCCUACACCCCUCCCCCCUCCCCCUCAUUCGAGUAUUGACCGUCAAUAUGAUGUUUAAAAGCCCCAGACAAAUGUAAGACCUAUUUAUUAAGUUGAAUUAAUCUAAAGUGCCUCAGAACAAAAUUUAAAUUAAAUUGUUUUCCGAGGUACUAAGACUUCGUGUAAAAUAAAUUGGCAAGGUGCUCAAAAAAUCGUUUUAAGUUAAAUUUUAUGCACAACCAUAAAAAUAUAUUAUACCUAUCAAUCAUUUAUAUAUCAGUUUUAAACUCAAUUUAUUGAUUACAUACAUAUAACCUUUACAUAAUUAACCAUAGUAAAAUGUUCUGAAGCAAUAUACAAGCAAAAAAAAAAUUUCAUCGGUGGGGAGGUGGAGAGGGGGUGGUUGUUGCAAUUUAUUUUGACUUCUCGAAGAAAAACCACCAUGGUUCGAAAUCCUACAAUGAUUAUAAUUCACAAAUAUUUUCAUAAAAUUCAAUACACAUUUGCAUACUCGUAUAAUAGACUUCUGAACCAGCGGACCGAUUGCAAUGUGACAUACAUAAACUACGUUCAUGACGUGUAAUUAAAUGUUAUACCUACUAAAAUGGUAAUUUUAAAUAUAUACAUAUACCGGAUGAUUCUUCUAUUGUGAAACACUCAUUAUCUUGGAAAAUAUUAACUUUUUCAGCAUACGUUUUACAGAAAAUUUAAGAAACAAGUAGCUCUAAAAUUUUACAUUUACAUUAUUUUGUCACUUUAAUUUUUGGGAGUAAAACGACUACAUACUUUUGAUAUUAAUACUUUAUCUAUUAAAUGCAUUUUCAACAUAGGUUGUCAUUUGAAAAUCAAAAUUUGGUAAUCGAUUCAUCCCCAAAAAUAAGGGCAAAAAAAAUGAUGGUGUAAAAUUUUAGAAAUAUUUGUUUCUUGAGUUUUCAAAAAAAAAAAACUUAAAUAAUGAAUACUUUUCGAAAUAAUAAGUGUUAAACGAUAAAAGAAUCACCCGGUAGUGAAUUUUAUAAGAAUAUUUACGAUUUAAAUAUAAAAUGUAUAUUUAAAAAUAAAAAAUUAAUUAAUUAAUAAAUGCUUCGCCUUGAGUAUUAUGAGUAACGGUUUCUAAUUAAAAAUUCAUUUUCGGGUACAUCACAGUCAAAAUGUAAAACGCGACUGAAUAUAAGAAAUUAAAUAAAGGGAUACAUAGAAGAGAAUAAAAUAAAAAUUGUUCGUUUUAAAUAGAAAUAAUUUAUUUUAAUAGGAGAGAUUAUUUAAAAUGUAAUUAAACGAAUUACUAUGGUUUGUUCAAGCAAGUGAAGGCUAGUUUGUUAAUUACGAAAAUACUAUUCAAUUCCAGAAUUUGCAGGUUAAUAACAAAGGAGUUAGGAGUUAUUCCAUUUAAAUAAUAAACAAGCUUAUGAAGAACUAGAGGUGGUUUUCAAUGGUGUUCAAGUCCAACACAGUUUCAAACCCAAGUACCUAGGAAUUACUCUUGACCGCUCACUUACCUUUAAAGAACACAUCGAGAAAACAACGAAGAAGCUACAUUCACGCAUCAACAUAAUACAGAAACUUGCCGGUACGGGCUGGGGAGCAGAUGGCAGGACUCUAAGAACAGCUACGUUGGCCCUAGUUUACAGUACCGCAGAAUACAGUGCUCAAGUCUGGUGUAACAGUACACAUACGAAAAAAAUAGACACACAACUCAACAGCGCAAUGAGAAUAGUUAGUGGAACAGUAAAAAGCACACCGACACAAUGGUUACCAGUCUUAACUAAUAUUCUGCCACCAACAUUACGCAGGAAGGUGGCACUGCUUAGAACAACAACCAAAGCUGAUAAGACGAAAAGGUCAUUGUUAUACCGAAUGCUGAGAAAUACACCUAACCUCAGGCUAAAAUCAAGGAAGCCCCCGUGGACCAAAGCUAAGGAGUUGGCACUAUCAAACUUUGAGGGUACAAAAGAAUGGCGCGAAAACUGGACAUCAACAGAUGUAAAAAAUAGUGGUCUAGUGUCAGACCCUAAUAAAGGUGUAGAAGGCACUGAUUUACCACGAGAUGUAUGGUUCGUACGGUCACGAUAACCAAACAAUUCACCAUAUUGUGGAAGAUUGCCCAAAAAGGAGGUUCAAUCGGGGCAUUGAGGGAAUUCAUGCGGCAAAUAAUGAAGCAUUAGAAUGGAUUCGAGAACUAGACAUUGCCUUAUGACUAUGGAUUUUAUAUGUAAAUAAUGACCACGUGCCCCUACUUUUAUUAUUUAUUUAUUUUUAUUUUAUAUUUAUAUUUUUAAUUGUAGUUAUUUUUAUUUUUAUUUUGUAUUCAUGUUAUGAUUUAUAUUCGAUAUAUAUUGUGGCCUUAACUGUGUUGAUUUGUACUCCAGCCAUACGAAAU